GCGGACCUGUGCCACAGCCGCAAGUUCAGCGCAGCUUGCAACUUCAGCAACAUCCUCGUCAACCAGGAGAGGCUCAACAUCAACACGGCUACCGAGGAGGAGCUGAUGACCCUCCCCGGGGUCACCCGGGUGGUGGCCCAGAACAUCGUGGAGUACCGGGAGUACAUCGGUGGCUUCAAGAAAGUGGAGGACUUGGCGCUGGUGAGCGGGGUGGGGGCAGCCAAGCUGGAGCAGGUGAAGUUUGAGAUCUGCGUGAGCAGCAAGGGGAGCUCGGCCCAGCACUCGCCCAGCUCCCUGCGCAAGGACCCGGCCUCUGAGCAUCACCUCUCUGCCACCAAGAUCAACAUUAACACGGCUACCCCGGCCCAGCUCAUGAGCAUCCGUGGCAUCACCGAGAAGAUUGCCAACAGCAUCGUGGACUACCGUAAAGAGCACGGACCCUUCAAAAGUAUCGAGGACCUGGUGAGGAUGGACUGUAUCAAUUCCUCCUUUCUGGACAAAAUCAGGCAUCAGAUUUUUGCAGAGCGGUCCCGGCCCCCUUCGACCAACACUAACGGUGGCCUCAAUUUCACAGCCAAGCCUCACCCCAGCCCCACUUCUCUGAGCCUCCAGAGCGAGGACUUGGACUUUCCUCCUGGGGGUCCGACCCAGAUCAUAUCCACUCGCCCCUCUGUGGAGAUGUUCGGGGGGGUGAGAGACGGCAGACCUGUCCUCAGGGUGGCUACCUGGAACCUGCAAAGCUGCUCCAUCGAGAAAGCCAACAACCCAGGCGUGCGGGAGGUCGUGUGCAUGACGCUGCUGGAGAACAG